AUGGCGCCUCUCGAUCUGCUCACAGUCGUCAGUGCCCCGUUCCUCGUCCUGGCCAGCGUAAACGGCAUUGUAGCAGCAGACACACCAACUUACAAAGUAGAAUUCGGUAUAUUUCCCAUUUGCAUGAGCAGAACUGAUGGCCAAUGCCUCGCCGAGGUCAAUGCUGCGCGCCUGGCCGCUGGGCUCAGCGAACUCGUCCAAGCAGAAACAGUGAAAACCGAAGCUAGACUGCCUGAUGCAGCCACCGCUCCAGGCGAUUCAGAUGACAGCUGGGUUUGGAUGCCGGUGUGCAAUGCUUUGAUACCAGAAGCGGCAGCAGAAAAAACUUCAAGGGCGGGAGGUGCAGCUGAGUUCCAGAGCGGCACAUACGCAUACCAUCCCGUUGAUAGUCCCGCUUCCGUCGACUGCAAUGCGGUUGUGGAUAAGUGGAAGCGCGCCUACAGCAACUUCAGUGGAUUGCCUCCGCCUAACAAGGAAGAUGAAGAGCUGUAUCAAGACCAGGACAAUGUGUCUUUCGUGGCUCUGUACAACCCUACAAAGAAUGCUACUGUAGACUGCCGUGUUGUCACCUGCACUAAGACGACGCCGGCAGCGGCAAGUUUCAAAGCAGCAAGAACCGGCGGGAUAAAAACGGAAAAGGGCUCUGCUUUGAUUUGCAUGACCGUACCUGAUGUGCUUCCUGAGAAAGGAGAAAAGGCCCCUUUCACAGAGGAGCAGUGGGGACAGAUCGUGACCGCCAUCGAAGGCUCAGCCUCCGCUGUUGCGCCCAGUGUGGUUGGUCUUGCAUUGGCGAUCGUUGGCCUCAGCAUGCUUUGA